CCGCCGCGGCCGCCCGCUCCCGCCCGUGCGCGGCGGGAUGGACGAUCAAUCCAGGAUGCUGCAGACUCUGGCCGGGGUGAACCUAGCCGGCCACUCGGUGCAGGGGGGCAUGGCCCUGCCGCCUCCCCCGCACGGCCACGAAGGGGCGGACGGCGACGGCAGGAAGCAGGACAUCGGCGACAUCCUCCACCAGAUCAUGACCAUCACCGACCAGAGCUUGGACGAGGCGCAAGCAAAAAAACAUGCCCUGAACUGUCACAGAAUGAAACCUGCGCUCUUCAGCGUCCUGUGUGAGAUCAAAGAGAAAACAGGAGGUGUCCGCAGGGGAAGAGAAAGGCCUGCUUGGCUGGUUGGGCUGGUUGAAGUAUUUUUUAUGUUUAAGGAGAAGAAGAAGAUGACUAUUAAAAAAUGCUUUACUUUUAAAGGAACCCUUCCUAGAAAAAGUCAUAAGAAUUUUAGACAUCAAAACUAGAUCAAGAAUGGAGCUUGCAAGUGAGUUU